AUGCGCUUCACCACACUUCUCGGUCUCAGCGCCGCCGCAGCACCAGCUCUUGCUGCGUCGACUGCUUCCCUCUACGUUACGAACGAUUGUUCAGAGAGCGUCUACGUCGUCUACGCCACCGAUGCCUCCGGCUCAUACGUGCAAGGCCAAAAAACAUUGACCACUGGAACAGGGUUUCAAGUAAUUCUCGCUGGACUGGGAUACAGCGUCGGCUUCUCCACCGACUCCAACUACUAUGCGACUACCACGCCGAAGCUGAUCAUGGGGUACUCGGUGAACUCGGACGACAGUCUGCUGUAUUACAGCAUUACUACGGACGUCGGCAACCCGUUUGCGAGCCAGUCGUGGUCGCUUACGAGUGACAAUGAUGCGUGCACGUCUGUCUCCUCGCCUAAUGGGGUUACGUAUGCUUGCCCGGCUGGGUCGUUCUUGUUCUUCAACUUGUGUGGUUAG